UUUUACCAUCCAGCACGAGGAGUUUCACUCUCCUUUGUAAAUUUCAGAGAAAUUUUUGGAAGCUUUUCUGAGAUCAACAAACCAGGUGUCUUUCUCUUACUCGGCUACUGUGGCUACUUCCUUCGUCUUCUUCUAUUGCUUCGUUCUCUCCGAAACGCAUCGUAGUCUGAGAAAUUUCAUCAAUUUUUGAGCGGCGGAGUCAGCGGUAUUAAAUCUGCGUUGUUGAAAGGAGAGUUUUCAUUCAUAGAGAAGAAGAAGAAAAUGCUAGGGGAGGGAGCCCAAACCCCUAGUCGGUUUAUGCGAUACUUUAUUAUGAAUCUCUUAAGAGUAUGAUCAGAGUUGCUAUGUAUGGUGAAGAAGAAUUCAAAGAUGUUAGGGCAAACCAUAGUGGAAGAUGAAACAUCAGAUGUUGAAACGGAUCCACGUUUCUGGCAUGGCGUUAUGGAUGUGUAUUUCAUUCGUGGAAGGGAGUCUAGGGGGCGUCAGGAAGAUGAUCUUGUAUUCUUUGUAAAAAAAUUGCAUUUGCAGAAACAUGGGUCAAAUGAAAACGAAUCUGCAAACUCUCCAUACUUUGUACGCAGGUGGGCACCUAAGUUGGAUGACUUAAUUGGUGCAAGUGCAUCAGAUGUUGAUUGGAGGCGCUCCUUUUACUUGAACUUAAUUGCUCAAACUUCUUUUAGUGUGACGGUUGCAAUUUGCAGUCAACAGGUCCUUCAGAAUUACCAGACUGGAAAAGACCGGCCACUAUCUCCUAUAUACAAGGUUGUCAAAACAGUCUAUGCAUCUCCAAGUCGUAUCAAUUUUCAUUUGGACUCAAGAAAGGAAGUAGAAACAACCUCUGCCUACCCAGAGAUAUGUUUUGCAGUUGAUGAUUUCGAUUCCACUUUUGAUGCAGUGGUCUUGACAGAUGUUGAUCACUGCUAUUGUGUACUUUUAAAUGCACAUGAUGGAGCUGCAUUUCCAAGGGAGAGAAUACGACAAGACUGCAGUCCUGCUGAUACAUCAAGUAGUGAUACAAGUUCUGGAAAAGCACCAACAUCAAAGAUUACUCUUUUCUCAGGCUUCGUCAGCUAUCAAAUGGUCCGAGAUGCAUAUGACGCUGGAAGGUCUGGAUUUGGGAGCCUUCUUUCACUUCAUUCUGUCGGGAAAACUGACAGGAUUUACAUGAAAGGCCCUGGAGGACGUGGGGAAGUUGAAGUAGCUGUGUCUGGUGUUGUAGAUCAAAGCAAGCAGGACUUGAGCCAAAAUUCUGUAGACCACGACUCGAAAAAAGGAUUAAGCUUCAGUGCAGUUGUGAGACGAGCUGCAUCAGUUGCAUCAGAGGCAGCAAAGCAUGCAUAUGCUGCUGCCUCUGCUACCCGAGAUGAAGGACUGAUCCCCCUAAAAUGCUGCUUGAUGUCUAUAUCAUUACCUUGGGAACAUAUUGCUCAUGAUCUUUUGUUCAAGGGAAGUCCUCCCGUUAAUCUGUAAGAAUUUCGUGGGUUUCAGAAUAGGACUUUUUUUUUUUAACUCCAGAGAUGGAGAAGACUAAAGAGCAUCACUGAAAGGUGAGAUAGCUGCUCCAUUAUGAAACAGAAAAAAUGGUGAUAGUAUGUAUAUAAGUUUCCACCAAUCCCGAUCCCCGCUCAAGAUUUAAUUUGCUUCCCAUGCACAUCAACUUAGUACCAGGGGCGGAGGUAGAUGUCCUGAUAUGAGUUUGGAUGAACCCAGUAUCUUUUGCUCAAACUGUGUAUUUGUGUUAAGGAAUUCAUUAAAUAUGUAAACAUUUAAUAUUAGAACUCAGUUAUAUUAGCACUUGAAAGAGUUGUUCUAUAAUUCAAAAACCCAUAAAGUUGAAA